AUGCCACGGUGGGCACAUCUUGGCCUGGCAGCUCUCCUUCUCGUUUCCAUCGCCCAGUUGGAUGGCGCGGACAUCGAUUGGUGGGAGAAUGCCUCGCUCUACCAGAUAUAUCCGCGUUCCUUCCAGGACAGUGAUGGCGAUGGUAUCGGGGACCUGAAAGGCAUCACUUCAAGACUGGGCUAUCUCAAGGAAAUCGGCAUCACGGCCACCUGGCUAUCGCCCAUUUUCACCUCGCCCAUGUCGGAUUUCGGUUACGACAUCUCCAACUUCUACGACAUCGAUCCGAUUUUCGGUAAUCUCGAGGAUUUCGAUGCUCUGAUAGUGGAAGCCAAAUCUUUGGGCGUUAAGAUCAUCCUGGACUUUGUACCCAACCACUCGAGCGAUGAGAACGAGUGGUUUGAAAAGUCCGUGAAUCGUGAGGAGGGCUACGAUGAUUUCUAUGUGUGGGAUGAUGGAAAGCUGAAUGAGGAAACCGGUGAGAGGGAACCGCCAUCAAAUUGGAUCAGUGUGUUCAGCGGACCCAUGUGGACGUGGAACGAUAAGCGCCAGCAAUACUUUUUGCACCAGUUCCAGGUGAAGCAACCGGAUCUCAAUUUCACCAAUCCAAUGGUCAGGGAGCACAUGCUUGACGUGUUGAAAUUUUGGCUGGAUCGUGGAGUUGAUGGAUUCAGGAUCGAUGCUGUCCCUCACAUCUACGAGUACCGUAAUGCUGAUGGUUCCUAUCCGGAUGAACCUAUUAGUGGCUGGGGCAGUGAUCCAAAUGCCUACGACUAUCACGAUCAUAUUUACACCAAGGAUCAACCGGCUACGGUGGAUCUGAUGUACGAGUGGAGGGCCUUUUUGGAUAACUAUCAGGCGGAGAAUGGAGGUGAUUCAAGGGUUCUGCUGGCCGAAGCCUAUUCCUCCGUGGAAACACUAAGUGCUUACUUCGGCAACAGCACUCAUCAGGGAACCCAGCUGCCCAUGAACUUCCAGCUGAUGUAUCUCAGUGGAUACUCCACAGCCAAGGAUGUUGUAGGAUCGAUCGACUACUGGAUGAACACCAUGUGGACGGAGCACCAAACGGCCAACUGGGUGGUUGGUAAUCACGACACCAACCGCGUGGCCGAUCGCAUGGGAGCUCAUAAGGUGGAUUUGUUGAAUGUGAUAGUGAAUGCCCUGCCGGGUGCUUCGGUGACCUACUACGGCGAGGAGAUCGGCAUGUCAAAUGUGGAUGUGGAGUGUACCGGUGACUCUUGCGAGGAUCGGGAUGGAGAGCGUACACCAAUGCAGUGGACAGCUGGAAAGAAUGCCGACUUCUCUGAAGGAGACAGUACUUGGUUACCUCUCAGUCCCGAAUAUCAAAGGUAUAAUGUGCAGACGGAGCGGGGAGUUUCGAGAUCCUCCUUGAACAUCUUCAAGGGACUACAGGCACUCAAGAGCAGUGCCGCCUUCCUGGCAUUUAAGGAGGAAGGAGGUUUUUCCUAUGAGGCUGUCACGGAACAGGUUUUGCAGAUUAUUCGCACCAACAAGUACAGCGAGGAGUAUCGAAUCCUAGUCAACAUGGGCAACAAUUUGGAGGUUGGCCUAGCCUCAAAAACCUACGAGUACGUCCUGGUCACUGCCUACUCCAACCACUACGCAGGGCAAAAAGUGAAUCUGUCGCAGAGAAUCAUUCUCAUGCCCUACGAAGCAGUCGUCUUACGAUGGUCAGCGUAA